CGCAGUGCAGAUGGUGUGAACUAAGCUCAAGCUGGACGUGCCGGUCACAUGGUGGCGGUGUGCUCAAGCUGCAGUGCCUGGGCGCGCUUUGGGCGGCAGUGUGGAACACGAACAGGUAACGACAAACUCCGAGCCUGGCUUUAUUGUCUGCGCGAGUCGGUUCGGCCUCGCACUCGGCUUAGUCGGAGCGAUCUAGGAUUCGGGAGUUCGUCUUUCAGUUCUGGCUCGUUUGGGAGGUCGAUUUCGAGUCCCAGAUUAGUCGGCAAAGUUCGAGGCAUCCACACGGGUUUCUGGUAUUAUUCCUUUGUAAAUACUGUUAUUUGUAUAUACUGUAAAUGAUGACAUCGGUGGGCGGCAGCCGAAACCGGGGUAACUGGGAGCAGACACAGGGUCAGACACAGAGCCAGUCACAGCACAAGCAGAGGCCUCAGGCCACCGCUGAGCAGAUCCGACUCGCGCAGAUGAUCUCCGACCACAACGAUGCUGACUUUGAGGAGAAGGUCAAGCAGCUGAUUGACAUCACAGGAAAAGACCAAGAUGAGUCUAUGAUUGCGCUGCAUGACUGCAAUGGAGAUGUCAAUAGAGCCAUCAAUGUCCUGCUGGAAGGAAGCCCCGACACUGAUUCAUGGGAAAUGGUUGGAAAGAAGAAAGGGGUAUCGGGCCAGAAGGAAAGUGGCCAGACGGAUGGUGGAGAAGAAGGGAAGGAGAACCGAGAGAGAGGAGGAGAGAGGGAUGUAGCACGUCGCAGAGGAGGGGCCUCGAGAAGGGGUCGUGGAGCCAGUCGUGGACGAGAGUUUCGUGGGCAGGAGAAUGGUCUGGAUGGGGCAAAGACGGGUGGAGUGGCAGGCAGAGGGACGGAGCGAGGCCGGCGGGGAAGAGGCAGAGGGAGAGGAGGUGCUGGUAGGAGAGGUGGAAGGUUUUCAGCACAGGGCAUGGGCCAGAUUGAUAAGGGCCCCAGAUACGAUUUGUCAGGUGACGAGAGUACAUUUAAUCCAGCGGACUAUGCUGAGCCAGCACAAACAGAGGAGAGCUAUGCUGGGGGAAGCACUUGGAGUAACACGGGCAACCUGGAACCAGAAGAUGGAGCCAGGAUUGAAUUUACUGGAGGAGAAGGAACAAAUUACCCCCAAAAGUUUGACUCUGCUCCUGGUGCUUGGAGAACUGGUCCAGAAGAAUGGGGCACUGAAGACUGGAAUGAGGAUUUGUCAGAGACCAAGAUAUUCACUGCCUCCAGUGUGGCUGCUAUGCCCAUGCCGCAAGAGAAUGUUACCAUAACUGCUGGACAGAGAAUUGAUUUGGCAGUGUUGCUGGGCAAGACACCCCCCUCCUCUUCUUCUGAGACGGAGGCAACUCCACUGGAGACCCAACAGCCCCCAUCGCUAUCUCAGUCUCUGGUCUUCAGCAACUCCAAACAGCCUGUUCCGCUCUCCCAACCCACCUCCAACACCUCUUACAGCCAGCACAGUAUGGUGAGCAUGCUCAGUAAGGGUUUUGGCGAGGUAGGAGACACUAAAGGCAACAGUGGCAGCUCCACCAGCGGUUCCCAGUUUCUGGAGCAAUUCAAGACGGCUCAGGCUCUGGCUCAGCUGGCAGCACAGCACUCCCAGAGUGGUCCCCCCAACACAGGCCCGUCCACCUGGGACACCAGCCCCGCUACGCUGGGACAAUAUGAUUUGAAACCUCAGACAGAGACCCUGGUGCACAGUCCCUUCACCAAACGGCAGCCCUACCAACCCACCUCCACUGCUUCCUCUAUGAUGGAUGCCUUCCUGCAAGAUAAAGGCCCUCCUCCAUCCACUGCCUCUUCCCUGUCAUCUCAGUCCACCCCCUCUGCCUCACUAGCCCAGACUGUCUCUACCCCGCUCCCAAAGCCUUCAGGCCCUGCUCCAAGCCAGCAGAUAUCUCCAGGACCUGCUGAGCUGCAGGCCUCAAGUCCUCUGCCCCUACAACAGCAUAAGCUCAAACAGCAAAAGAAGAGAACCUCUAUUGCCACAAAGAUUCCCGCUUUAGCAGUGGAGAUGCCAGGUUCUGCAGAUAUCUCUGGACUCAACUUGCAGUUUGGAGCAUUACAGUUUGGCUCAGAACCCGUGCUCCCCGAGUAUGACGCCACAGCCGCGGUUCCCACCACUUUACCAGGAAACCCAGCUCAGAACAGUGUCUGUGCUAGCAGUGAGCAGACCCCAGCCCUGUCCACCCCCACUCAGAUGGAGCUGUAUGAGCAGAGAACGAGUCAGACACGACGCUACCCACCCUCUGUCUCAUCCUCCCCACAGAAAGACAUGCAGCCCAAGAAUGGGUUCAAUUCAAUACAGACAACACAGUCUCUGGAAGCUGCAGCAGGCUCUGCAGUGUCCUCCAAAUCAAUGUCUGACCCUGUUGCACCUUCCACUGUAUCGAAUAUGGCCUCGUUGGCAGACCCGUCUUCAGGUCCUGCAUCCCUGCUGACCGCGUCCCAUCAGACACCUCUUGCCGCUCUUGGACAUGAGGACUCCUCCUCUAAUUCAAUUGCCCCUCCGCAACACAACAAUUCUCUUCCUACACAACAGAACAGUUUGGCUACGUCCUCAGGCCGCACAUCCAACACAGGUCUGCUGCAUCCAAACGUGGAUGGAGACUCCAGCCUGCACUCAUCUUCAUUCUCCUCUGUGUCUGCGGUGGUCCCCUCUUCAGUCACCCCUUCCUCUGUCUCCUCCUCUUCCUCUGCUGCCCCAGUCUCUCACAGUGCGCCUGUUCCUCCCUCCUCUUCGUCAGUCAGUGCUGUCUCUGCCCAAUCUAGUCUGGGGCCAGUCAGUAGUCUGGCUAUGGGCCUCAACAGUGCUGGUGGAGUGACCUCCAUCGUGCCCCCCACAGCUGUUGCAGCAGCCUCAUCCUCAGUGGCCUCAGCCACUGCCGCACCUUCAUCAGCCUCUUCAUCACGCAGCACGGCCGCCUCAGGGAAAGCGCCUCCAAACCUGCCACCUGGAGUGCCUCCCCUGCUGCCUAAUCCAUACAUCAUGGCUCCUGGCUUGCUUCAUGCGUAUCCGCCCCAAGUUUACGGCUACGAUGAUCUGCAGAUGCUCCAAACCAGAAUACCACUGGAUUACUACAGCAUCCCAUUUGCAACCCCAACAACAGCACUGACUGGCAGGGAAGGCGGUUUGACCAGCAAUCCUUAUUCUGCUGGUGACCUGACUAAGUUUGGCCGCGGGGAUACUUCUUCUCCAGCCCCGGCUACCACACUGGCUCAGCCUCAGCAGAGCCAGAGCCAGACACACCACACCACCCAACAGCCCUUCCUCAACCCUGCACUGCCCCCUGGCUACAGCUACACCAGCUUGCCCUACUACACUGGUGUGCCCGGUCUGCCCAACACCUUCCAGUAUGGCCCUGCAAUGUUCCCGGUUGCUCCUACCUCCUCAAAACAACAUGGUGUGAACGUUGGUGUCAAUGCUUCAGCCACGCCCUUCCAACAGGCUAGUGGUUACGGAUCCCAUGGAUACGGCACUGGCUAUGAGGAUUUGAGCCAGGCUUCGGCAGGGAGUGGGGAUUUCUGUAAGGGUGGCUACGGCACCGCUGUGGCUGCCGCCGCUGCUGCCGCCGCCGCCGCUGCUUCUGCACAAAACAAGCCCGCCAGCUCAGUCACCGCACCGGGAGUUGGCUUUCCCUCAGGAGUCUCAGUGACCUCCAGCAAUACAGGAGUUCCUGACAUUUCAGGGUCUGUUUACACAAAGACACAGUCAUUUGAUAAACAGGCUUUCCACACGGGAACACCUGGUGCCUCCUUCAGUCUACCCUCAGCACUUGGAAGCGGUGGUCCCAUCAACCCUCCGGCUGCAGCUGGCUAUGCCCCGGCCCCCUUCAUGCACAUUUUGACUCCUCAUCAGCAGCCACAUUCCCAGAUGCUGCACCACCACCUGCAGCAGGAUGGACAGAGUGGUUCUGGACAGCGCAGUCAGAAUGCUUCCAUUCAACAGAAGUCCCAGAUCAACAAGUCUGCAUAUAACAGCUAUAACUGGGGAGGCAAUUAACAUGCUCUUCUCCAAUUGGGUGUGCAAAAGGCUAAAAUUAGGGGACCCUUUUCUUCCUCCCUAAAAAUCUCCUCGCACCCUUCUCCCACCACACCUCUGUCCUCUUCCAGUCCAGUUGCCCUUUAGUACCACCCUGCACAUGAGGUGGUGCUGUACAAAGAGGUAGCACAGUGGGGGAGGUGGCCAGGGGAGGUGUCUUGAAGAGGAAGGGGUUUUGGAGGGUAUGUGGUUCUAGUAACUUAGGCCUUCAAGAGCCAAGUAUUGAGUGUUUUGGAGUUUGUAUUGUGUUUAAAAGAAAAAAUACCCCAACCCUUUCUCUCCGUCUGUCAUAUGUAACAUAGAGCUGUUUUCUAAUGUUUUUUUUUUUUUAUGUUUUGUUGGCUAGGGGCGAGCGGGAUGUUGGGUGGAAGAGAAGGUGGGGUUGAGUCCCACGGUCUCUUUCUUUCUCUGCCUUCCCUCUUCUUUACCUGCACCCUGAUUGGUCUUUCAGUUGUCAAGCCCGUAUACACCACCUCUGUGGUUUUUCUGUGUGGGUUUUUUUUUUUUUUUUUUUUCUCCCUUCCCUUUUCUUCCUUUCCCUGUUGACUUUUUACCAAAUUUUAUUUUUAAGGGGAGGGGGAAGGAAUCGUUCUAGAUUGGCUAAAGCAGUUGUGGAGUUUAUUUUUUACCAAAUAUAAAUAUAGAUAUAUGAAAACAUGUAUAUGAGGGCACAAAGAUGGACAUGUUCCAGGUGUGUGGGAGUCUUUUUUUUUUUUUUUUUUUUUUUUUCUUCCUUCUUCCCCCCACCCUUUCUUCUUCCUUUCCAUCCAUUGCGUACAUGUGAGUCGGUCAUAAAUGUGGGCAGUAAUGUGCAUGUUGGACUCAAACGGUCCCUUUAAUGAGCCCUUAAUUAAUGUACAGGUUCGGCGAAUGAAGGGGACACUGGUCAUGCAUACUCAAGCUGCUUUCUUAAGCAUCCUAGUGUGAUUAUUUUCCUCUUGUUUCUCUGAAAGCGUUCAGUUUCUUUGGAGAUGAAUCUAUUUUGGGGUGGGAAGGAUGACCUGGCAUGCCUGCUAGACCUCGGAAGUGCCGCUGUUGAAGUUGCUGUGAACUGGGGAGGUCGGUGUGUGUUCAGGUCACCCCUUUGAUGUGGGCGAGUGUGUAUUCUCGCACUUAUUUUUUUUUUUUUUUUUGGUUUGUUUUGUUUUUUGUCCUCCCUUUUUGUGACAUAUGUUGCAGUCUAAUGCUCCCUGUCCUUUCAAAAAAAGGCAUCGUUUCCCCAAAUAUUAUUUUAUUAAUAUUAUGAUUAUUAGGAAAGUACUGAUGGACAGAAUUGUACUAUGGGUUUGCUUUUUUGUCAGUGACUUUUCUUUUUGUACUGUGCAUUUUAAAAAAAAUUAAAUGGAUAAACUUGUCUUGUACAUACACACACACACACACACACACACACACACACACACACACACACACACACAUACACACACAUAUGUGUCUGUGUGUGUAUAUAUAUAUAUAAAAACACAAGUACUGUAGCCCAUGUUUGUUCCAUGGCUUUUUUUUUCCUGCCCCUCUCAAGUCCUUACACACAGACUUAACGUUUUUGUUUCAUGUUUUUUUUUUUGUUUGUUUGUUUUUUUUUAUUUUGUAAAAAUAUAUAUAUAUAUAAAUAUUAAGUAAAUAAACAGAGAAAAAGACAUUUUCAUCAUUUUGGAUGUGAAUGUCUUUUUUAAGAAAACCUUA